AUGAGUCUUUCUUUUCGCUCAGAUUUUGCACUGGACAAGAACAAAAAGAAGAAGAAAAGAGAACUAACUGAAGAACAGAAACAAGAAAUUAAGGAAGCAUUUGAUCUGUUUGACACAGACAAGGACAGAGAAAUUGAUUAUCAUGAGCUGAAGGUUGCUAUGCGAGCUCUUGGCUUUGAUGUUAAGAAAGCUGAUGUGUUGAAGACGUUGCGGGACUAUGAUAGAGAAGGAACUGGCAAAAUUUCAUUUGAUGAUUUUAAUGAAGUCAUGACAGAUAUGAUGUUGGACAGAGAUCCCCAGGAAGAAAUCCUCAAAGCCUUCAAAUUGUUUGAUGAUGAUGUGACGGGCAAGAUUAGCUUGCGGAAUCUGAGACGGGUGGCAAGGGAACUGGGCGAGAACAUGACUGAUGAGGAGCUCCGAGCGAUGAUUGAUGAGUUUGACAGAGAUGGUGAUGGAGAAAUCAAUGAGGAAGAGUUUGUUGCUAUCAUGACUGGAGAUACGUAA